UCUGGCUGCUUCCUGCUGCUUCCUGUAGACAGUGAGACACCGGGCUCCGGAACAUGGCGGCUACCGGGGUGCUGCCCUUCAUCAGGGGGGUGGACCUGAGCGGCAACGACUUCAAGGGAGGAUAUUUCCCAGAACAUGUGCGGUCUAUGAACAGUUUGCGAUGGCUGAAACUAAACAGGACUGGUCUUUGCUACCUGCCGGAAGAGCUGUCUUCUUUGCAGAAAUUGGAGCAUCUCUCCGUGAGUCACAACAACUUGACAACUCUGCAUGGAGAGCUUUCAUCCCUUCCCUGCCUUAGGGCAAUUGUUGCUCGAGCCAACAGCCUUAAAAACUCUGGAAUUCCCGAUGAUAUCUUCCAGUUGGAUGAUCUUUCUGUGCUGGACCUUAGUUACAAUCAAUUGACAGAGUGUCCACGAGAACUUGAAAAUGGCAAGAACAUGCUCGUGCUUAAUCUCAGCCACAACAGCAUCGACAACAUCCCAAAUCAGCUGUUCAUUAACCUGACAGACCUGCUGUAUCUGGAUCUGAGUGACAACAAGCUGGACAGUUUACCUCCUCAGAUGAGACGGCUGGUGCACCUUCAGACCCUCAUCUUAAAUAACAACCCCCUUAUGCAUGCGCAGCUCAGGCAACUUCCUGCAAUGGUAGCACUACAAACCCUACAUCUGAGGAAUACACAACGCACACAGAGCAAUCUACCCACAUCUUUGGAAGGCCUGACUAAUCUAUCAGAUGUGGAUCUUUCCACGAAUGACCUGUCACGGAUUCCGGAGUGCCUCUAUACACUCGCCAACCUAAAGCGCCUGAACCUCAGCAGCAACCAGAUUACAGAGCUGUCUCUGUGCAUCGACCAGUGGGCUCAACUGGAGACCCUCAAUCUGUCCCGUAACCAGCUUACCUCUCUUCCUUCCGCCAUCUGCAAGUUGACCAAGUUGAAGAAACUGUAUUUGAAUUCCAAUAAGCUGGAUUUUGAUGGCAUUCCCUCGGGAAUCGGCAAACUGUCCAGUCUGGAGGAGUUUAUGGCUUCCAAUAAUAACCUUGAACUGAUACCCGAGAGUCUCUGCAGGUGCUCCAAACUGAAGAAACUGGUUCUAAACAAGAACCGAUUGGUUACACUGCCUGAAGCCAUCCAUUUCCUGACCGACUUAGAGAUCCUCGACGUGCGUGAAAAUCCCAGUCUGGUGAUGCCUCCUAAACCUGCUGACCGCACUUCAGAAUUCUACAACAUCGAUUUCUCCCUGCAGAACCAGCUGCGCCUUGCUGGGGCAUCCCCUGCCACUGUCGCUGCCGCUGCCGCCGCAUCAGGCAGCGCUACCAAGGAUCCGUCCGCCAGGAAGAUGAGACUACGAAGACGGAAAGACUCUGCACAAGAUGAUCAGGCUAAGCAAGUGCUGAAAGGAAUGUCUGAUGUAGCUGAAGAGAAAAAUAAAAAGAUACAGGAGAACGGUGACAUGAAAUACACAGAUUUAAAGGCAAGGAAAUGGGAUCAGAGUCUGGAGAAGCCCCCCUUGGAUUAUUCAGAGUUCUUUACGGAGGAUGUUGGUCAAAUCCCCGGAGUCACCAUCUGGCAGAUUGAGAACUUCAUUCCGAUGUUGGUGGAUGAGGCAUUGCAUGGGAAAUUUUAUGAGGCAGAUUGCUACAUAGUGCUAAAGACCUUGUUGGAUGAUAAUGGUGCUCUUAGAUGGGAGAUAUAUUACUGGAUCGGACAGGAAGCUACACUAGAUAAAAAGGCCUGUUCUGCCAUCCAUGCUGUCAAUCUGCGGAACUAUUUGGGUGCAGAAAGCCGCAGCAUUCGGGAGGAGAUGGGAGACGAGAGUGAGGAGUUCAGUCAGGUUUUUGACAACGAGAUCUCCUACAUAGAAGGAGGGUCAGCCAGUGGAUUUUACACCGUGGAGGACAAUCAGUAUAUCACCAGGCUUUACAGAAUUUAUGGAAAGAAAAAUAUCCGUCUAGAACCAGUUCCCCUUAAAUCAUCCUCCUUGGAUCCGCGGUAUGUCUAUCUUCUGGAUAACGGUUUGGACAUUUCCAUCUGGAGAGGAACUCAGGCCACCCUCAGUAACACCACCAAGGCCAGGCUGUUCGCUGAGAAGAUCAACAAGAAUGAGAGAAAAGGCAAAGCAGAAAUUACUAUGCUGCCACAGGAUCAGGAGACCCCUGAAUUCUGGGAGGUCCUGGGAGGACAGCCGGAGGAGAUUAAACCCAAUGUUCCUGAUGAUUUCCAGGCACCCCGCCCCAAACUUUACAAGGUUGGACUUGGGCUUGGAUACCUGGAGUUACCACAAGUUAACUACAAGAUCUGUGUGGAACACAAGAAGAGGCCAAAGAUUGACCUGCUGCCGGAAAUGAGGCUUCUCCAGAGCCUGCUGGACACAAAGUGUGUCUAUAUCCUGGACUGUCACUCAGACCUCUACAUUUGGAUCGGCAGGAAGUCUUCACGUUUGGUCCGUGCAGCUGCCCUGAAACUGGGGCAGGAGCUUUGCAGCAUGCUCCAUCGACCCAAACAUGCCAUGGUUAUCCGGAACCUCGAGGGCACAGAAUGCCAGGUGUUUAAGUCCAAAUUUAAGAAUUGGGAUGAUGUCCUAAGAGUCGACUAUACUAGGAAUGCUGAGACCGUGACUCAGAAAGAAGGUUUAGUGGGCAAAGUGAAGAAGGAUGCAGAGAAGAAGGAUCAGAUGAAAGCCGACCUGACAGCCCUCUUCCUCCCACGUCAGCCCCCCAUGCCAAUUGCAGAGGCAGAGCAGCUGACUGAGGAGUGGAACGAGGAUCUGGAUGGAAUGGAGGGCUUUGUACUGGAAGGGAAGAAAUUUGCUCGCCUUCCAGAAGAGGAAUUUGGACACUUUCACACCCAGGAUUGCUAUGUGUUCUUGUGCAGGUACUGGGUGCCGAUAGAACAAGAUGAAGAGGAGGAGCAGCAGAAUAAGAAAAGAAAGAUACAUGGACACGGUGAUGAGGAAGAUGAUGACGAUGAAGAGGAGGAGAAGCAGCCAGAAGAAGACUUUCAGUGCGUUGUAUAUUUCUGGCAGGGCAGAGAAGCGUCCAAUAUGGGCUGGCUGACAUUUACCUUCAGCCUUCAGAAGAAAUUCGAGAGUCUGUUCCCUGGAAAGCUGGAGGUGGUCAGAAUGACGCAGCAGCAGGAGAACGCCAAGUUUCUCUCUCAUUUUAAGAGAAAGUUCAUCAUCCAUAAAGGCAAGAGGAAAAUGCGUGAUGUGGAACUCCAACCAAGCUUGUACCACAUACGGACAAAUGGAAGCGCUCUCUGCACCAGGUGCAUCCAGAUUAAUACAGACUGCAGCCUCCUGAAUUCUGAGUUUUGUUUCAUCCUGAAGGUCCCGUUUGAAAGCACAGAUAACCAGGGCAUAGUAUACACCUGGGUUGGGCGAGCCGCAGACCCUGAUGAAGCAAAACUUUCUGAGGACAUCAUGAACCAUAUGUUUGACGACACCUACAGCAAACAGGUAAUAAAUGAGGGAGAAGAGCCAGAGAACUUUUUCUGGGUUGGGAUUGGAGGCCAGAAACCGUACGACGAAGACGCAGAUUAUAUGAAAUACUCCCGACUCUUCAGGUGCUCCAAUGAGAAGGGCUAUUUCUCUGUGUCGGAAAAAUGUUCAGACUUCUGUCAAGAUGAUCUGGCUGAUGACGAUAUUAUGCUGCUGGACAACGGCAAGGAGGUGUACAUGUGGGUUGGAACCCAAACUAGCCAAGUGGAGAUUAAACUCAGCUUGAAGGCAUGCCAGGUUUAUAUUCAACACAUGCGAGCAAAAGACCAAGCGAAUCCCCGCAAACUGCGCCUGGUUCGUAAGGGCAACGAACCGCACGCCUUUACCCGUUGCUUUCAUGCUUGGGGUGCUUUCCGUAAGCCGCCUGCGUAGAAUGAUCAAGAGGAACCCCUGGAUGUCUAGCCCACACAGCCGUAGCUGCUUGUGUUUAAAGGGCCGAAGCAGAUGCUAGGCAAGAAAGUGAAAACCUGACUUGGAAGCGAAGGUCGAGAUCUGCCGCACAAUGACUGAGAAAUCGAAUCGGACUCCAUGAACAGCUACCUUCCACUUGGGCCACGUACUGCAAUCACCUGUUUGUUUGUUUUCUUAGCAGUGUUACUUGUUCACGUUGUGUGUAAGGAAUCCAACACUGUAAAGGGAAUAUGCCUAAAUUGUAACCAAAAAGUACUGUCAUUGACUCCUGCCUGGAACAAUUUAUAUUGUGCACUGCUGUUUCUCAAAUCAGGAGCGUCUGUCUGUCUGUCUUUGCCUGAAGCAGGAUCAACAAUCCCCCAGUGGUAAACAUAAACGCACACCGUGUUGAAUAUGGUUAUUUAUCAAGUUACAGAGCCCAUUCACAGCCACUUAUUAUUUCAAACAUGAGUUUUUAACUUGCUUCCUGUGUAACAGCAAACUUUGGAUUUUUUUUUUCUCUCCCCAUAAUGCCACAUUGCUCUUUAAUAUUGUUCCUGAUCACACCUUAAACUGCGGUCUCUAGGUGGAGACAGUAUUCCAUUAUUUAAGCUGCUUGCUGGGGGUGGGAUUCACUUAUCUAUUAUUAAAGAUAUUACCCAGCUUAACUACUAAACCGGUUGAUUUUAAAGUGUGACUGUGAGAAUUUUUUAACUUUGUGCUCUAACCAAGUGCACAUUUAUAAUGAUGAAUAAAUAUAUUUCUGUAUUUAAAAUGAAUGCUUUUAUUAAGACCAGUGUGGCUUAUAUUAUAUUUUCUUUUUCUUUCUAAAACCGUACUAGAACUCCCAGUUCCAUCUAAAAGGCUUCUGCACUUGAAGUGACACCCAGCUAGUUCUGCGAUUUAAAAAAAAAAAAAAAAUCCCACAGAUUUGUUAGCGAAAUCUGAAUAUAUGCAAAUUGAAGUCUACUACAUUCCCAAUCUGUUCUAUAUAACACUU